GUCUAUAACAUUAUCUCAAUUAAACGGAUUAUUCAAACAAUCAAUGAUGGCUUUCAGAUGUCGUCCUUCUUCCAUAAUAUGCCUGGCUCUAACUUUCUGCAUAGUUGUGUUAGUCUACCUUCACUUGACUUUACCUGAAGAGGUGUCAGCUCUCAACACAAAUGCAACCAAAAAUAAAAAAUACACAAGUCAACUGAAAAAUACAGAAACAUUCAAAGAAGCAAUAAGCAAGAAAUUAUCAGAGUUGCGGAAAAAAAUUCCAGGAGUUGCAAGAGACAAGAACAACCGACCGAAAAUGAAUGAGCCUGGUUCAGAAUAUGUUGAUGUAGUACAAGGAGAUGGCGGUGCCUCCUUGGGGACAAAGAUUUUGAACCUGUUUAAGUAUUACGUUGGCCAGACCAGGAAGCUGUUUGAUCCAGGCAUGGACAAAUCGGAGGUUGAAGAGGAAGUAGAGGCAUUUAGGGAGUGGCACUCAUUAAGGAAGUCCUAAAAGGAAGUCCUAAUUAAAUGUCCUGAAUAGACUUGGAUUAAUAUGUUAAUUUGUUGUAUUAUACAUCAUCAUGUGAUUUACAGCUUCGUGAUAAUCUUACAUCAUAUCCUGUGAUCUAAGUAAUCAGGAAA